GUUCCUUGAUCCGCCCAUCUGCGAACUCCGAGCGAGCCUCGACAACGCACCCGUUAAAACUCGCGCAGCUACGACUCACCGCACACCACAUGGCCGGCUCAGUCGCACCACCACCCAACGCGAGGGAUCUUCUCCCACCGCUGCUCGCCUGCUUGGCCACUGCCAACGCUUCACGACAACCGCCCCCCGCGCUGCUCCCGCUGCUGUCGCCAAUCCUCCGCCAGCGCGUUCAGUUGCUCGCUUCGGAAGACUGGCUAUCUCUGCUGUGUUGGGACAAGGAAGUCGCAUCCCGGUUACCAGAAGUCGUCAGGAACUUGCACGUCGAGCCACACCCCGCGUCUGGCGAGAUUGAAGUCGAGGACCCCGAUCAGAUUCUGUAUCGCCGCUCCGACGCAGAGACCCUACACGCAAAGUUGGUGCUAGGAGAAUAUGGCAUUGUGCCUACAUAUCUAUGGUGUACGAGUGGAGAACAGGGCGAUCGCUGGGAACUCUCCGACUUGAGGGGCAUCCAGGACAUGGAUGAUGGCACCGAGUGGUUCCCGAGCAUGAGUGAAGCGGCCGAUGCUGGAUUUCGCAGGAAGUCUUCCAACACCAACGGUGCCACAGCACAUCCUAAAGCCUAUCUGCAACCGGAACCCGAACCACAGCAACAGAAUGACGACGACGACGGCUCCUACUGGGCUGCGUAUGAUCAGACCCCAGGAGGCCCUACCCCGAACAAGCAAUCUCCUGCACCACCGACGAACGCUCGCGUACAGAUCGGGCCCACGCAGACGGAGCUCGAGUACUUUGCCCGCUAUGCAUCCGAGGUGCAGCCGGCAAUGGACCCUCAUGAUCCAGACGAGGAGGCUGCUGGCCUAGGCGACUCGACACUCAAUGGAAACUCUUUUGGAUUUGCUCAGCAAAGCAUACCAGAACCCACUAGGAGGCUAUCAGAUACUGCGAAUGGCGUAGAUCGGACCAACGGCGAUCGCCGAGACUCGCCUCACGACAAGCCCGAGCACAUUGAAUCAGUCGGGGACAACCGAUUUCAAGACCUCAACCACCCGCGACCAGCGUCCUCAGCUUCAUCGACCUCGGUGGAAAAGCUGGAGCGUGAAGCGCAAAACCAUAGCCAAGCCGAGCUUGCAAUCAAGCAGCACAUCAGCACAGACAUGAAGAGCUUGUUCCGCUUGGCGAGGGCGUCAGGCAUAGAGAGGGAAGAGUUCGAGCGCAUAAUCAGACGCGAACUGGAAGUCUUGCCCUUAUUGGAGCAAGACGAAUAGAACAUACCCAGAGGGAUGCUUAAAAUGGCCACUAGUUAUGGAAGAGUUGUGGGUUGUGAAGGGAAAUUGUCCGAUCAGUUACACGAAUUGACGCGCGCACGUGAAGGCCUCUUUGCAUUUCUAAGUCAGCGUUUUCUCCAUCUGCAUCCACGGCGGCGUUUUGUUUUCUGGGCAUCAACAUGUACCACGUGUCGAUAUCAUGCAUUGGUGGCAGUGU